AUUGUACUAGAAGGAACAUGGUAUCAUGAUGUUUUUUAUCUAAUUGUGAGGAACCGACGAAUGCAAGAAAUGAGAUAGAUAAUCCAUAAACUGUUUUGUUUUGUUAUUGUGACCACCAGUGAACAAUUAUCAGAGAAGAGAAGGCAUGGGAGUGGACUACUACAAGAUUCUUCAGGUAGAUAGAAGCGUCAAAGAUGAUGAUCUCAAGAAAGCAUAUCGAAAGCUUGCAAUGAAGUGGCAUCCUGAUAAGAACCCUAACAACAAAAAAGAGGCUGAAGCUAAAUUCAAGCAAAUCUCCGAAGCAUAUGAUGUUUUGAGUGAUCCACAGAAGCGAGCAGUGUAUGAUCAGUAUGGUGAGGAGGGGUUGAAUGGACAGGUGCCGCCGCCGGAUGCCGGCGGUUUCCCUGGCAGCAGUGACGGCGGGCCAACAACGUUCCGGUUUAACCCAAGAAGUGCUGAUGAUAUAUUUUCUGAGAUUUUUGGGUAUUCAAGCCCCUUUGGUGGAAUGGGGGACAUGGGUGGUCGUGUUGGUGCCUCUGGAUUUCCCAUGGGUGGCAUGUUUAGUGAAGAUAUUUUUGCUCAACUUAGGAGUGGAGCUGGAGAGGGUUCUGGCCAUGUGCCAAGGAAAGGUGCAGCCAUUGAGAGAACAUUGCAUUGUAGUUUGGAGGAUUUGUAUAAUGGGACUGCCAAAAAAAUGAAGAUUUCUAGGGGUGUUAGUGAUGCCAGUGGGAGGCCCACCACAGUAGAGGAGAUCCUAACUAUUGAGAUCAAGCCAGGUUGGAAGAAAGGAACAAAAAUAACUUUUCCUGAAAAGGGAAAUGAACAGAGAGGAGUUAUCCCAGCAGACCUUGUCUUUGUUAUUGAUGAGAAGCCUCAUAGUGUCUUCAAGAGGGAUGGCAAUGAUCUUGUUGUCACUCAAAAGAUAUCUCUUGUAGAAGCCCUGACAGGUUACACAGCGCAGCUGACAACGCUCGAUGGGCGUAAUCUUACAAUCCCCAUUAACUCCGUCGUUAGUCCAACAUAUGAAGAAGUUGUUAAAGGAGAGGGUAUGCCUAUUCCCAAAGAACCUUCAAAGAAGGGAAACUUGAGAAUCAAGUUCAAUAUUAAGUUUCCCUCCAGGCUUACAUCAGAACAGAAAAGUGGCAUUAAGCGAUUAUUGACAUCUCCAUAAGGGUGGUAUGGCUUUUACUACGAUUUUCCUAAGUGUAAGAUUCCAGAAUGUUUUAUUCUUGUCUUUUUUUUCUGAAUUUUUACAUUUUCAAAUUGAAAUUCUUGCUUGUGAAUUGGAUUUCAAUUAUAACAGUUAACUAGAGUUUGAUAUUUAUUAAUUGUUUCAUGUCUUCA